GCCAGAAGUAAGGACGUCAAUCAGAUAACAAUCGAUCAGAGUGAAGAAACAGUUUCCUCCGACGUAUGAAGCAGCAAAAAACAGAGAGACAGAGAAGUUUAGAAACAGUGAACAGUCUUUCACAGGUCACUGAAGAGAGCAGCAGCCAUGACGAUGGCCGCACCUUUCCUGUCCUACGUUGCCCUCUGUAUCAUCGGAUCCAUCCUGGCCCUGCCAGUUACCGAGCCGCCGCUGAUCCAUGACCACCCGUUUGUGGCUGUAUGGAACGCCCCAACCGACCAAUGUCAACGACUCGAAAUUCCACUGGACACCGCAGCCUUCCAGGCCGUGACCACACCUGCUGCCGUACCCGGUCAGUUCCUCACCAUCUUCUAUGAAAACCGCCUCGGCCUCUAUCCUAAAGUCGAUACAGUCAAGCACAAGAUCUACAGAGGUGGAGUCCCACAAAAUGGAAACCUGACGGAGCAUCUGGCCAAGGCCCAGAGUCAAAUAGAUCACUACAUCCCCCAGGAUUCUGCUCCUGGGCUGGCCGUCAUCGACUGGGAGUCCUGGCGCCCACUGUGGGACCGGAAUUGGGGAUCAAAACAUAUUUAUCAGAAGCUGUCAAUCUCUCAUGCCAUGCAGGUGGCCCCAUUUUUAUCAUCAAAUCAAAUUUCCAAAUUGGCCAAGACCCAAUUCCAACAGGCUGGCCGACGCUUCAUGGAGAGGACCAUCAGCCUCGGCAUCGGCGAGCGUCCAAGCCGCCGCUGGGGCUUCUACCUGUUCCCUGACUGCUACAACCAUGGCUGGGACAAGACCGGCUACACAGGGAAGUGCUCGAAGACAACCCAAGAGCAGAAUAACCAGAUGGUGUGGCUGUGGGAGCGCAGCACUGCCCUCUUCCCCUCCAUUUACCUCCACCAGAGUCUGAGGAACUCCCCCCGGGCUGCACUUUAUGUCCGCAACCGUGUCCAGGAGGCUCUGAGGGUGGCGGCGUUGCCUAAACGUCCAUAUACGGCGCCUAUCUACGUCUACUCCAGGCCACUGUACCGAGAUCAGACUGAGAAGUUCCAGAGUCUGAUGGACCUGGUGAAUACUGUCGGAGAGAGUGCAGCUCUGGGAGCUUCAGGGGUCGUAAUGUGGGGAGGAACCAAGGACUACAACAAUAAAGCUGCCUGUCAGUCUCUCUCUGAGUACCUGACGUCCACUUUCAACCCGUACAUCGCUAACGUGACGGCGGCCGCCAUGCUCUGCAGCGAGGUCCUGUGCCAGGGGAAUGGCCGAUGCAUCCGGAAGAACUACGACUCCUCCCACUACCUGCACCUGAACCCCUCCCACUUCAGCAUCCUGCGGGCCAAGAAGCAUUACGUGGCAGUCGGCCUGCCCGCUGCCUCUGACCUUGACGGCUGGGCCUCGAACUUCACCUGUCAGUGCUACGCGGGGCGGAGCUGUUCAGCUAAACUGUCGCGUCCAAACAUGAUCAAAGUCAUCUGGGUUUAAUCUGCGAGGAGAGUAAAACGUUUCUCCUGCUGACCAACAGAUCUGAUUAUUUAGCUGAAUUAUUAAUGUGAUUAAAACUAAAGUCUGUAAUUUGAUAAAAUUCUGCCUAAAUUACAUCAGAAAUGUGUUUAUUUUAAAAAAUUUAACUAUAUUUAGUUUUUUUGCAAGUUACAUCAUUAAAUGUGACGUCAGUCUUUUCAAAAUUGGACACAAUAAUGAUUGAUUGGAAUUGAAAACAAAAAGCUUAAUAAAUGCUUUGCAGAAAA